AUGGGCGCUGGCGCCGGCGCCGGCGCUGACAGUGAAGAGCAAAGCAACAUCACUAGGGGGGGUGGGAACCAAACUAUUGUUCGAUCGUCCGUCGAAGGCCGGAGAACAAGCGAUGAAGGGAAAUUACGGGUGCGGCGCAAUAGCGAUGCCGCCUCCGCCAGCGCCAGUGACAGUGACGAUGGCGUCGGUGACGGCAGUGACGAGAAUGACGUUGCCGCCGCCGCCACCACCGCGGCCGUGGCCGUGGCCGUGGCCGGCAAGUCAGGGGCGCUGGGAGAAGCACGGAUGCCGUACAGAAAUCAUGGCGCCGAAUCCGAUCCCUGGGGCGCUUUGAAUUCAGCAACCGGUGCCGCACUCGAUCUACUGAGACUGCCGAAGGCACCGGAGGCGCCGAACGACCCACGGGUCGGCGGCGUCAGCGGAGGCGUCGGAGGUGAAAAGGAACCCGAUGCUGCUGUCAGCGGUGCCGCCGCUGAGCUCGACGGCGAUGGUGGCGGUACCCGCGGCGGCGGCGGCGGGAGCAAUGCCCCUGAGAAGGAGCCAGUGGCAGGGGAAGAAGCUACAGCGGCACCGUCGUCGGCGGCGGGAGCAACGGAUGAGGCGGCGGAAGCAGCCGAGGCGACGGCGGCGGCGGCGGCGGCGGGAGCAACGGAUGAGGCGGCGGAAGCAGCCGAGGCGACGGCGGCGGCGGCGGCGGCGGGAGCAACGGAUGAGGCGGCGGAAGCAGCCGAGGCGACGGCGGCGGCGGCGGCGGCAGCGGGAGCACCGGAUGAGGCGGCGGAAGCACCCGAGGCGACGGCGGCGGCGGCGGCGGCGGCAGCGGGAGCACCGGAUGAGGCGGCGGAAGCACCCGAGGCGACGGCGGCGGCGGCGGCGGCUGCACCUCACGCGUUGGAGGCGCGACUGCCGCAGGCUGCGCCGCUUUCUUCCCAGGUGAAGCGCCGAACACAGCGAUCCUCGCGUGCGGAUGCCGUACGGGAGGACGUACGACUGAGCAUGCUGCCAGCCAAGCAGCACAUGCUUUCGUACAUGUACGGCAAUCCUGUCCAGGUGCUAUCGGAGCUGACUGCAACGACGCAACCAUCAUCGCCGCAAAAGCGAGCCCAAGGCCGCGCCAGCGGCGUCAGCCUCGAUGCGUUCGUGGCGGCACGGCGUGCCGUACAAGAUUCAUCCGCCGCUGCGGGCACAGCGGAGGGUGCCGCCGGUGAUCAGCGGGACACGUCAGCGGCGGCGGCGGCGGCGGCGGCGGAGGGAGCGCCGGCGGCGUCACGGCUGCUUGGCCCGCCGUCGAGGGCAGCUGAGCUGCUGAGCGCGCUGAGAGGGACAGAAGCGAAAAGCGACCCCUGCCAUAAUUGGAAUUACUCGUGGAAUUUUCAUGAUUAG